AUGAGUGAAGUGUUUAACGGAUACGAGCGGCAAUAUUGCGAUCUCUCGGCGAGUCUUUCUAAGAAAUGUUCCUCAGCUGUUGCCCUCGAUGGAGAACAAAAGAAGCAGAAGCUCUCUGAAAUCAAAUCUGGGCUAGAAAAUGCAGAAGCAUUGAUUAGGAAGAUGGAUCUUGAGGCAAGGAGCCUUCCACCAAAUAUAAAGUCUAGCCUCCUUGUCAAAUUAAGAGAAUUCAAGUCUGAUCUGAACAAUUUCAAAACCGAAGUGAAGAGAAUCACAACGGGAAGCUUGAACGCUGCUGCUCGAGACGAGUUGCUUGAAGCUGGCAUGGCUGACACAAAGACGGCUUCAGCUGAUCAGAGAUCAAGAUUGAUGAUGUCAACGGAACGUUUGGGUCGAACCACAGACAGAGUCAGGGAGAGUCGUAAAACGAUGAUGGAAACUGAAGACAUCGGCGUUUCAAUCCUCCAAGACCUAAACAGUCAGAGACAAUCUCUCCUACGUGCACAUGACACGCUUGACGGAGUAGACGAUAACGUAGGAAAGAGCAAGAAGAUCUUGACAGGCAUGACGAGGAGGAUGAACAAGAACAAAUGGACCAUUGGAGCCAUUAUCAUCGCUUUGAUCGCCGCCAUUAUCAUCAUCUUGUACUUCAAACUUAAGUAA